AUGACUUCCAUUUUUCUUUUUGAAAAUUAUGCAGCUGCAAUUCUAUCAUUUCGAUUUCUCUGUGGAUUUUUUUUCCUGAUUGCAUUAGUAGUGUAUAAAUUGAGAAGACGGCACUUAUCUGAGUAUCAAGCAAUUGAAGAUUUCCUGCAAAUCCAGGGUACCCUCGUGCCAAUUAAGUACUCGUAUUCUGAGAUUAAGAAGAUGACUAAUAAAUUCAAGGAAAAACUAGGCGAAGGAGCAUAUGGAACUGUCUUCAAAGGAAAGCUCCGUAGUGGUCCUUUUGUUGCAGUGAAGUUGAUGCACAAAUCUAUGACCAGCGGGCAAGAAUUUAUCAGUGAAGUUUCCACAAUUGGAAGGAUUCACCAUGUUAAUGUUGUGCAGCUCAUCGGGUUCUGCGUUGAGGGCUCAAAACGUGCUUUGGUAUACGAGUUCACGCCUAAUGGUUCCUUAGACAAGUAUAUAUUUCCACAAGAAAGAAUUGUUUCCUUGAGUUACAAACAAAUGUUUGAUAUAUCUCUAGGAGUUGCCCGUGGGAUAGACUACCUACAUCGGGGCUGUGACAUGCAGAUCUUACAUUUUGACAUUAAGCCUCACAACAUUCUUCUGGACGAAGAUUUUAAUCCAAAAACAUCCGACUUUGGGCUUGCAAAACUGUACCCAACAGAUGAUAGUAUAGUGAGUCUAACUGCAGCAAGAGGGACAAUGGGUUACAUGGCUCCAGAGUUGUUCUAUAAAAAUAUUGGAGGAGUGUCAUACAAAGCCGAUGUAUAUAGUUAUGGGAUGUUGUUGAUGGAAAUGGCAGGCAGAAGGAAAAACAUGAACCCAUUUGCGGAUCAUUUAAGCCAAAUAUACUUUCCUACAUGGGUUUACGACCAAUUUAAUGAAGGAAAUGAUAUAGAGAUGCAGGACGCCAGCGAGGAAGAUAGGAGGAUGGUAAAGAAGAUGAUAUUUGUGGCAUUGUGGUGCAUACAGAUGAAGCCUGUUGAUCGUCCUGCAAUGAAAAAAGUUGUUGAAAUGCUUGAAGGAGAUGUUCAACUCCUACUGAUGCCCCCUAGACCUUUUAUAUCUCCUCGUGAGAUUGCCGGGGAUGUUAUAAACUCAUAA